GGCCGCGCCGCGCUCCUGCGCCUGUGAUUCGUCUGAAGAGAGAUCUAGCAGACACAGAAAACCUGGCUGAAGCAGCCGAGAUCCACGGGGCGCUUUAUAAAGAUGGCAUUUAUUAAAGAGGAGAGUGAAGAUAUAAAGAUCCAAGAGGUGUUCAGCCUGAAGCGAGAAGAUCCUGAGGAACAAACAGAUUCCUGUGAUGACUCUGAGGAUUAUACAGUUGGAGGAAGGAAAAGAAAAAAUGGACGCAGUUGGCAGAAGUGUGUUAAUAAAAGGAGAAGAAUGAUGGGACAAACGUAUGUUGGGAUGAGAGGGAACGAAGAAGUGAACAUGGAGCCCCGGGUGAUGGGACCAAGAUGUCAGUCCGCUGGAUGCGUAAAGUCCUCCAAGCAUCAGUGCAGCGCAAUUGGAGAAGCAGACAGGGAGAACAUUUUUAAAUGUUUUUGGGAGAACAUGAACUGGGAGGAGAAAAAAAUGUAUGUUCGUGGUUUGGUGGAUGUGGUCCCAGUGCAGAGGAAAAGAGGGCGUGACAAUUCCAGGAGGUUAUCUACUCUUGUUUACUUUUUAAAAGUUGAUGGACAGAGAAGAAGGGUGUGUAAAAGUUUCUUUUUGUCAACGCUUGGAUUAGGGGAAUGGUCUGCGCUUAGCUGGGUCCAAGACACAGGGAAUACACAGCAGAACGCAGCAUCGCGCAUCAGAUGUGAGGAUCGUGAGUUCAUGAGGAGUUUUCUGCAGGAACUCCCUAAGGUGACUUCCUGCAACUGCAGGUCAUCGGAACCAAACAGUACCUGGAGCCAGGAUUUCAGUCCAUGUCUGGACUGUAUAAAGUGUACCUUAGUGCUGCUGAGGAAAAGAUGCUGA